UAGUGAUGACGAAUCAUUGACAUUUCCAGGACAGUAGUGUCAGAAGAAGUCAAUUAAGUGAGCAAAAGUUGGUUAACAGUGUGUGCUAAACAAUUAAGUUGCGAAGAAGAAACACAACAAUUUUUCGUGUAGUAGAAUGUUCCGAAGCUCGUCGCCCUUUGAUAAGUUACUUGAUAAAGCUACGAGUAACUUGCGGCUUGAACCAGACUGGCCGACGAUUUUACAAAUCUGCGAUCUCAUAAGACAGGGUGACGUACAGCCCAAAUAUGCACUCGGCGCCAUAAAGAGGAAGCUUACAAACGCAAAUCCACACAUCGCUCUGUUUGGAUUAUUGGUCCUUGAGUCCUGUGUAAAGAACUGCGGAAGUCUAAUUCACGAUGAAAUUGGAACAAAGCAGUAUAUGGAACAACUAAGAGAGCUUGUCAAAACUUCUCCGCAUGAAGACGUCCGAACAAAGAUAUUAGAGUUGAUUCAAGCCUGGGCCUUCGCAUUUAGAAACAGCCCAAAGUAUAGAGCUGUUCAGGAUACAGUGAAUAUUAUGAAAGCUGAGAAUUAUAAAUUCCCAACUUUGAAAGAAAGCGACGCAAUGUUCAGCGCAGAUACAGCACCGGAAUGGGCCGAUGGUGACGUAUGUCACCGAUGCAGAGUGGUCUUUAACAUGGUACAGCGGAAACACCAUUGUCGAGCUUGCGGACAAGUAUUUUGUGGCCAAUGCUCCAGCAAGACAUCGACCUUGCCGAAAUUUGGUAUAGAAAAAGAAGUUAGAGUUUGCGAAGCUUGCUAUGAUCAAGUCAACAAACCGACUACUGGGGUUCCUAAAGAAACUGAUCUGCCAGCUGAAUAUCUGAGUAGCUCUCUAGCCCAACAACAACAACAGGUACCACCACGCAAAACUGCUGAAGAGCUCCAAGAGGAAGAGGAACUUCAGCUUGCUCUUGCUCUGAGCCAAAGUGAAGCUGAACACAAGGAAAAAGAAAAGAAACGCGUUACAAGUUCCUUAAAAACUAAUCCUAUACCAGCUUUGUCCAGAGCGGCUUAUUCUCCACCACCAUCACCGCAAGGUACCAGCCCAUCCAGAAUGAAAGAUGAGGAGGAGGAAGUUAAUCCUGAAUUGGCAAAAUACCUUAAUCGUAAAUACUGGGAACAACGUCAAACUGGGAUUGAAGAACAUGGUGCCAGGUCCGAUGUGGCUAGUCCAUCCGCACCCAACAUAAGUAGCCCGAUGCCGCAAAAGAUAAUAAUGACAAAGCAGCAGAAUGGAGAAAUCGAUACUCAGAUGGAAGAAUUUGUUGCCGCUCUUAGGUCGCAAGUGGAGAUUUUUGUUAACAGAAUGAAAAGUAACUCGUCCAGGGGAAGAUCGAUCGCCAAUGACAGUUCUGUGCAGACCUUGUUUAUGAAUAUAACAGCCAUGCACUCAAAGCUGCUUCGAUACAUUCAGGAACAAGACGACGGUCGGGUGUAUUAUGAAGGACUCCAGGAUAAAUUAGCCCAAAUGAAAGAUGCGAGAGCAGCACUGGAUGCAUUAAGAGAGGAGCACAGAGAAAAGUUGAGGAGGCAAGCUGAGGAAGCUGAGCGACAGAGGCAGCUGCAAAUGGCUCACAAAUUGGAAAUUAUGCGUAAAAAGAAACAGGAAUACUUACAAUAUCAGCGUCAGCUUGCACUUCAAAGAAUUCAGGAACAGGAAAGGGAAAUGCAGAUGCGCCAAGAACAACAAAAGCAGCAGUACAUACUGGGUGGUUAUCAACAAGUGCCUGGUUUCAUGGGUCCACCUGCCCAAGGCUCUCCAGUUCGUCAUGUCCAGUAUCAAAAUCCUGGGCAAAAUUACAAUCCGAUGUCUCCAACAAAUCAGGGAGUAUACAUGUACGCUCAACCGCCGAUGAAUCAGUACCCGAUCCCGGGUUAUAGUAUGCAGACGAUGGGUCCUCCGCCUCACAUGAUGGGCCCCAUGGGAGGUCCAGAACAACAAGGUCCACCUGAACAAUCUAUUCAGAACCGAGAAAGUAUGGGGCGCAUGCCAGUUUCGGGACCAGGAAUGAUGCCUGCACCUUCUCCUCUACAGCAACUCCAACAAUCAAGUGGCCACCAAAUGGGUCCACCUGGCCAUAUGCCUCCACAAUCAGGGCCUGGAAGUCAAAUCUCGGGGCCUCAAGGCCCACAGAGUCAUGCGCCUAUUCCGCAAGGACCGCCAUUACCCCAAUCUUCUAAUAGCGGUCUGCCACCCCAAAUUACUGGCUCUAUACAAGGUCCACCUGCUACUGUUGGCGGUUCUAUGCAGCCAAAUCAACAGCCCCCGGUACAACAAGGACCUGGCAUACCUCAAAUGCAAAACGCUCCACAAAUAGGACCAAGUCAAGGGGCACCGCCGGCCAUGCAAUACCAACCAUCGGUUGUGCAGUCAGCUCCUCCUGAAAAUGUUCAGUCGCCACCAAAGCAAAAAGAGGAACAAAAGCCUGAUACAGCUGAAUUAAUUUCGUUCGACUGAUGACGAAUAGUUGAAGAAAGAGAAAAACAUUCUAAAAGGUUUAAUCCAAGCAUUUAUAUUUGUUUUUUGACACACGUACGCAUAAUCCAUUUAUUUCAGCGAUCUCUAUUGGUCAACGUUUAUAUUACAAAAGUGAUAUUUUAGAUUGCAGAGCUGUUCUAUUUUUAAAAAUUUGUUACGCAAAAUACGCCGAUCUCGAUUCUCAACACAUUUAUGAAAGCUGUUAUUGUCAAGGUUUAUUAGCGCCGACCAAAAACGUAUGUGCAUAACGCUUUUUUGCCGUGAUAGGCAUUUCAGUUUUAUUCGGUAAACGCUUUAAAUAAAAUCCCAAAGCUUUUGCACACGUUAAUAACAAAACGUUAAUGUCUUUCUUGUGCGUAUUCGAUUUUUUGUCUAGUUUUACAUUGGUUCUAUUCAACAAUGUCCGCUAAAAAAAUCACUGAACCAAAUAUCGACUAGUUGCGGAAUUAUGAAAUUCAGAAAGAUGGAUAAAAAAAAGAGAAGAAAACUACGCAAGAUUUUAUCAUUUUUCAAUAAUAUUUUAUUAAGUAGCAAUACUUUGUUACAACAAUUCGGUACAUAAAUAUACAUACGAGCGUAAUUUAUUGUAAACAUCUGUCAACAACAAUGUUUUAAUUUCAGUAUAAUAUUAACUAAUCUUUUUCAUAUUUCAAAAUCCAAAUUAUAUACUCAAAGAAAUUACGUACAUAUUAAUAAGUAAUUAACAUUGCAGAAGUUCUUUUCUUUCGUUCCUGGUUGAAUGAUUACUUUGUUCCACUGAAGCAAGGCUACAUAGGAUACAUAGUACGCCGUGAGAUUUGAAUUAUAUUUCUGUUUUUCGAUUUGUUUCACUGAAUUCUUUGAUUAAAAUCAAUACAACAUGAUGUUACAAAC